GAACCCAUGAUGGUUGCUUUAAGGACAGAGCAAAAUCAUCCAAAUCAAGCAAAUUUAGUGACGUUUCGUUGGAAUCAAUCAGUGACCCAUACUCCCAGAAGUAUCUUUGCACCUUCAUGCUUGUAGCAGUUAUGGUUGGCAUGGUUGUGAUGCUGCUAACCAACAGCAUUGUUUUAAAUGUGUCCAGGUCCAGACCAGUCAACAGAAGAUUAACAGGAGAUGACAUUAGUUUACUGGAAAAAAAUUUAAGGGAAAAAGUGUUUGGCCAGCAUAUAGCAAGAAAAGUUGUUGUGGACAUGUUGAAAACAGUUACUUCAGUAGACCAUGAAACAAGACAGUUACAUGAUGGUGUGAAAAUGGCCGUACUCUCUCUUCAUGGAUGGACUGGCGUGGGAAAAACUUUUCUCACUCAACAGGUCCUGAACUCAUUAAACCCAGAAAAAUUUAUACGUUAUAUUAUUCCGAUUCAUUUUCCUCACAGUCUUGAUGAUGAGACCAGUGAAACAGUGAUUCUGGAUGCUGUCACAUCCAACAUCAGCCAGUCUGCGGUCAGUGUAAUAAUAUUUGAUGAAAUGGACAAAGCCUCACGCGGAGUCCUGGAAGGAAUUGCUAAGUCCCUGUUGCACAUCAAGAUAGAUAACUCCUGCAGUAAUGCAACAGUAAUUGUCCUGUUUGUUAGCAAUAGUCAAGGACAAAAGCUCAACAAUCGUCUUUUCAAGCUCCUUUCUCAGGGAAAAAGACGAGAAGAUCUUCAAUCUGCCGACUUUGAUGAAGUGUUUCGACCAUCUUUAAUGGCAGAUGGUGACAUUUACAAGGGUUACCCUGGAGAAUAUUGGUAUGAUGUGUUUACCAACCAAGGUCUCAUAGACACAUUUGUCCCGUUUCUUCCACUGAAUCUUGCUCACGUACAACAGUGUGUUCAUCACAGUCUACAGGAAAAGGGCAUGAAGCCAACAGUGGACCUAGUGGAUGGAAUAACAAGGGAGCUGUCAUUAUUUCAGCCCACUGGCUUGACUGGGCAUUAUUCUCAGACAGGCUGUAAAAGAGUGUCAGAAAAGGUUGAUUUGCAUUCAGAUCAUCUUUUCUGAGCGACUAUAUUAAGCCUUACAAACUUUCCAGAAAGCUAUGUUUAUAUCGAGUUCAGGCCAUAAUAAAAAGUAGGAUUGUUGGGCUUUUGAUGGAACUUUUUUUAAUCCAUAAAUCAGAAUAAAAUGAAAAAAACUGACCCACCUUGUUUCUUCUCAUAGGGAUAUGUUACACCCAACAAAGAAUUUAUUAAGGAUGGCCUUACAUGAGGAAAUGUAUUCCUGUGCCAAAAGUAACUAAUGUAAAGAUAACAAAAAAAAAAUUGUGAAAAUACAUUUGUUUAAAGUUUGUAUUUUUUUUGUAGUUGAAGCUAGCAGCUAUAAGAAAGUCAGUGUUUCUAAGGAU